AUGAGUGGCUUUGGUGAUGACGAGAAGCUUAGGGCGGCGAGAGAGCUUGCUCAAAGCUUCUCGAGGUCCAAACCCCCAAAGAAGAAGAACGUCGGCGGUAGCAGCUUUGGCCCUCGUCAGGUCAUCUACGUGCCCCAGCAUCACCAACCGAUGCCAAAGAUUCGACAACCCCCAGUCACCAAGCCAAUUCUCCAGAAUGCUCCCCCUUCUAUCAGCUCAGUCCCCCCUCCCAGCAUGAGAAACUACUCUGCCACCGCCUCUUUCUCCACUGGGAGAGCAGGAAAAUCCGUCAUUGGGACUUCAGGAUUGGAUUUCCUCAAGGCGUCGGGUGAUAAGGCACGAGUUGCUAUGCAACCUCAACCGAGCCCAGUCACUAUCGCCGUUGAAGCAACCAGCGCUAUCAAGCAAACCGAGACUAUUAAGCAAACUGAGAAGACCAGCAAUGCUACCUUAACAAUUGCUCCUCCUCCCACUCUUCACCCACAAGCACCAGAAAGUGCUCCGAUUGGAAACAUUCUUGAUGCUUUUCUGUCCAUUGUAGCAAAAAAGCCAAGCUUAGGCCAGGAAAUCGACACAUUGGCCAGCAUCUUUCCCAAGGCAAUGGAUCUCAACGCUACUGAACCAGCAGCUUCAGGUGCUCCCCCAACCAAUGGUCAUCCCGUCGGCGAUACUUCAGCCAAAGAUAACAAUGUGUCUCAGGGACCUAGCGUUGCAGCAAAUCAAGAUCGACUCUCAGCUCAUUCGCCCUCGAACAAGGCUUCUCACGUCGCGACAGCCGUCGUAUCCAGUAAUGGUAAGGCCAAGGGACAGGCUAUCAGCGCAAAUGGAGUGUCGAAAGCGUCUGUUACGGUGACAAAGGGAUUGGCAGCCUCGUCAUGGGCAUGA